AUGAUGUUGCUCCGCGUUGUUUUUCGUUCCUUUCGCCUGGGCUUCAGGUUUUCCCCCUUCUUGGCAGUCCCUCCAAAGGUUAAAUAUCCGGGAAGUUUCACUAUUCCCUGCUCUAUUGGAUGUCAUAAAAUAAGGAAAGCCUUAAUUGAUUUAGGGUCCAAUAACAAUUUGAUUCCCUUAUCUGUACUUGAAAAGAUUGGUGGUCUUGAAGUCAAGCCUGCAAGGAUUACUCUAUUUAAGGCGGAUGGAUCCACCAAAAAGCCCUAUGAUGUGGUGGAAAAUGUGAUGGUUCAAACUGACAACCUUAGAUUCCUGGUGGACUUUAUGGUGAUGGAGAUGGGGGAAGAUUUGGAGAUUCCUAUUAUUCUUGGAAGGCCAUUCAUGAAGACAGCCAAGGUGAUCAUCAAUGUUGAUGAUGGAACUAUAACACUUAAAAACCAAGAAGAGGAGGUAAUUUUUAGUGUCUUCAAUGCUGAGCAACAGAUCCAAGUGAAGAAAAGUAGUCUCAAAGCUGCAUAUGAAGAUGCACCAGAGACCGGUAUUAAAAUUUCCAAACCAGGCAAGAAAGGUAUAAAGUGUUUUUUGUCAUAG